GGCGGCGGCGGCAGGUGGCGCGGGAGGCCGCGACGCGCCAUGGGGCUCCCGGCGCUGCUGGCCAGUGCGCUCUGCACCUUCGUGCUACCGCUGCUGCUCUUCCUGGCCGCGGUCAAGCUCUGGGACCUGUACUGCGUGAGCAGCCGCGACCGCAGCUGCGCCCUCCCUUUGCCGCCCGGAACUAUGGGCUUCCCCUUCUUCGGGGAAACACUGCAGAUGGUGCUACAGCGGAGGAAGUUCCUGCAGAUGAAGCGCAGGAAAUACGGCUUCAUCUACAAGACGCAUCUGUUCGGGCGGCCCACGGUGCGGGUGAUGGGCGCCGACAACGUGCGGCGCAUCUUGCUCGGGGAGCACCGGCUGGUGUCGGUCCACUGGCCCGCGUCGGUGCGCACCAUCCUGGGCUCCGGCUGCCUCUCCAACCUACACGACUCCUCUCACAAGCAGCGCAAGAAGGUGAUUAUGCGGGCCUUCAGCCGCGAGGCGCUCCAGUGCUACGUGCCGGUGAUCGCCGAGGAAGUGGGCACUUGCCUGGAACAGUGGCUGAGCCGCGGCGAGCGCGGCCUCCUGGUCUACCCCCAGGUGAAGCGCCUCAUGUUCCGCAUCGCCAUGCGCAUCCUGCUGGGCUGUGAGCCCCGGCUGGCGAGCGGCGGGGACGCCGAGCAGCAGCUGGUGGAGGCCUUCGAGGAAAUGACCCGCAAUCUCUUCUCGUUGCCCAUCGACGUGCCCUUCAGCGGGCUGUACCGGGGCUUGAAGGCGCGGAACCUCAUCCACGCGCGCAUAGAGGAGAACAUUCGCGCCAAGAUCUGCGGGCUGCGGACGGCCGAGGCGGGCGGCGGCUGCAAAGAUGUGCUGCAGCUGUUGAUCGAGCACUCGUGGGAGAGGGGAGAGAGGCUGGACAUGCAGGCACUAAAGCAAUCUUCAACGGAACUCCUCUUUGGGGGACAUGAAACCACAGCUAGUGCCGCCACAUCUCUGAUUACUUACCUUGGGCUCUAUCCCCACGUUCUCCAGAAAGUUCGAGAGGAGCUGAAGAGUAAGGGUUUACUCUGCAAGAGCAAUCAAGACAACAAGUUGGACAUGGAAAUUUUGGAACAGCUUAAAUACAUUGGGUGUGUUAUUAAAGAGACCCUUCGCCUGAAUCCCCCAGUUCCAGGAGGGUUUCGGGUUGCUCUGAAGACUUUUGAAUUAAAUGUAAGUUAA